AUGCCCAACUGGGAAGCGUGGUCUCUUUUUGAGGAAGAAGUGGCUGCUGAGAUUCGAAAAGAGGAUGCGCAAUCUCCAAGGUUGAAACUGCUGCCCCAUUUGGUGUCGUUGCAACUUCGCGGCUGCCCAAAGUUGAGGGCUCCACCACAGCUUGGAGAGGACACUGCCAGCUUGAAGGAGAUUCUUUUAAUUAGAAUGAACAAUUUGGAGGCCGUGGGGGACUUCCCGAUGCUCUCUGAGCUCGGUAUUUCGAAAUGUGAAGGUUCGGAGAGAGUCCGCAACCUCCCCCAAGUGACAGACCUGCGUGUACACGGUUGUCCGAACUUAAGCCUUGUAGAUGGGUUGGGCAGUCUGCAACAGUUGGGGCUGGGCGAGGGUAUGCAAGAGGUCUCUUCCCGGUGGGUGCCCGGGCUCCAAGAGCAGCACGAGCGACUUCAUGGUGAAGAACUGGAUGUCUACACAUGGCGUUAG